CGCCCUCAGUCGUUGACAGCCGACGGUGCAGCUACAGACGACAGAGUGGAGAUUGCACCUGAUCUCGAAGCUGGGUAGUUGAAAGAUGGCGCCGCCCAGGAAGAACAAGUACAGUGUCCUUCUGCCGACAUAUAAUGAACGAGAAAACCUCCCUUUGAUUGUUUGGUUGCUCGUUAAAUCGUUUACAGAAAGUAACCAUGACUAUGAGAUUAUUGUGAUCGACGAUGGAAGCCCAGACGGUACUCUAGAGGUUGGGAAGCAACUAGAAAAAAUCUACGGCAAGGAUAAAAUUGUAUUGAGACCAAGAGCCAAAAAGCUUGGAUUAGGUACUGCUUACAUACACGGUAUCAAGCAUGCUACAGGCAACUUCAUCUUCAUCAUGGAUGCAGACCUGUCACAUCAUCCGAAAUUCAUCCCUGAAUUCAUAAAAAAACAGCAAGAGGAAGAUUACGAUGUUGUAUCGGGAACUCGCUACGCCGGCUCAGGAGGCGUUUACGGAUGGGAUUUUAAGAGAAAACUUAUAAGCCGUGGGGCAAACUACUUGACACAGAUCCUUCUUAGGCCUGGUGCAACAGACCUUACAGGGAGUUUCAGGUUGUACAAGAAGCCCGUCCUGCACAAAUUGAUUGAUUCCUGCGUCUCCAAAGGCUACGUCUUCCAAAUGGAGAUGAUAGUCAGGGCCAGACAGUUUAACUACAGCAUAGGAGAGGUUCCCAUCACCUUUGUGGAUCGUGUCUACGGCGAGUCCAAACUCGGAGGGAAUGAGAUCAUCGGCUUUGCCAAAGGCCUUCUCAUGCUGUUUGCAACAACGUAGGCAUUUGACUACGUGGUGUUGUCUUUGUAAAUUGCCUGUGUGGCCCCACGGCACUGAAGUAAUAUACAACUGAUACUUUUAAAGCAUAUAGGAUCAUUUGCUUAUAAUAACACCACUCAAAAUCCAAAGAAGAAAGUUUGAAACCAAACCUGUUGAAGUUUCAGCUCAGUGAAUAUCACACUUUUCUGAAAAAAAAGGAGUGAAAAGCCAUGCACAGCCUUCUGAUCAUGAAAUACAAUUUCGUCAAUAGCACGCUUUACUCCUAAAUGCAGUUAAUUGACUGAUCGUUGGAAAUCACCUACAUUUCUUAAUGUCUUCUAAAUGACAGACAAUCCCAUACGUAGCACGAUAUGAGACAGAGGGAACCCCCUCCUUUGUGUUGGUUAUUGUGUUACCAGAAUCUCAGGAAUUCUUUUGAGAUCUCUAGGGGGAUGUGUUAGGUAACAAUAGUCUAGGGUUUGCAUAGGGUAUAGGGAGAUUGGGGGGUACCCCUUCGUCUCAAAUCGUGCCGGGUAUAGACAAGCCAGACAGAACUUUCCAUGGGGUGUUUAUUACAUUGUACAAUUUUUAACCAGUUCAUGCCGGGAUUAUUUUGACAAGAACGGAACAAGGUGCAGGAUUACUUUUCACUCGACCUCAAGCCAGGCGGGUUGAAGCCAUCACCCUCGGGCAGCACACUCAUCUUUCCGGCCUCGCUCGCUGCGAGCGGGUCGUUGACAGAUAUUUCCAGCCUCUCUUCCUGCGUAUUUAUCCAACAUCCAUUCCGAAUACCACAAAACCUCUGUGUGUAUACACGUCAUCCGGUGCGAACUGGUUUAUCCAAUUAACGUUUUUGAUAAUAAUUUGGUUGGUUACUUUUUUGAGUGAAUGCGAACGAUCCUACAUGUAUAUGCCUUUAAUUGGCGCAUACAGGGAAUCUGUUUUGGGGGAGGUCGGAUGUUGAGCAGCUAAACACUACUUUUUUAGAAAUUUAAGACAAUGUAUGUCAUAUAAGUAAACAAGAGAAAAGUAAUUUAAGACAAAUACAUGUAAUUUAAGUAAACGAGAGAAAGGGUUGGGUCUUUUUUAAUGUAAUUGUAUUCUAAUUUUUGUUUGGAUGGGGAGGGCUUGAGUUUGAUAACACCAAAAAUACUGUUAGGAUACUGUUAGAAUCCUACUGCGUAAGUGAAUGAUUCACUUCGACGACUUUUUUUCUUGAGAAUUAAAAACAGAUAGAACCGUACCCGUGUGCAAGUCUUUUUUUAAAAGUUCUCUGGAUUUUGGCAUAUUUUUAUUGGAGCUAAAAUAUUAAUCACAAAAUGUCACUUUUCUGUAGUUUUCUGAGGUAGAAAGGGGAUCUGCACCCAACUUUGUUAAUAGUACAGGGGGACAUUUUAUUGCAAACAAAUGAUGAAUGGAUCAUUAUGUCAAGAUUAAUAAAAUUAUCAAUGCUGUAUAAAUAUAA